AGUGCGGGAUAGCUACACGUGAUGCUACUUCAAACUCGCGACAUCAACGUCGAAAUUCCAGCCUCGAGCGAUUUUAAACCCCCGCAGAAGGAUCCAGCAAUUCAAAAUUCUCGUGAGUUAGCUAUUAUUUGACCAGCAGGAUAAGAUCUCACAUGUCUUAGAAAUAUGCUAACAAUCACAGUCAAAAUGUCGUCCACAAUACCACGAUUCUUCUCCCAACCUUUCCGGUACAUACGAUGGGCAGCCAUUGAAAAGCCCGCUAUCUUCUUCUCCAUAGUCAUUGGAAGUAUUGGACCAGUCCUCGUUCUCACAGUGCCAAAGAUUCGCCAUAGACUUGGGGAUGGACCAAGACCACAGAUUCCUUUGACAUAUCCAAGUACGUUUUUGCAUAAAUUGCUUUACAAAAGCUAUUGAUACUUGCAAUUACUAACGAAUAUAUCUCGCGCAGUCCCAAAUGGACCAAGAAAAUCUUUGAGUGGCUACGAUGAUGAGUAAAUAUUGUAUUGGGGUUAGGGAGGUUGCUGGACGAAUCGAUCGUGUUUGUACAUAGGAAUGGCGUCAAUGAAUCGAGGGAAUACCUUUACAAUUACAAUGACCUGAUUACUGGCUUCCAUCUGCAAAAAUGCUCAGUGGAAGUUCAUGGUAGGAUCGCAUUUCCA